AUGAACAGUAACAAAAGGAGCAGCAAAAUGGAUUUUAAGGAAAUUCUGGAUAUUUUUGAAGUUGCACAUGUAAGUCAGAUCGGUGGAGAAGGUUCAGAGGCUUUGGGUAGUAGUUCUUUUUCGGAGAAUGCUGAAUAUUCCUCAGACCAAGAUGUGGAAGACACUGACAAUCCGUGCUACGGAAACAACUUUGAUGCUGAAACAGCUGUAGAUUGUACGGAUGACUUAGAGAAAAUAAAUAUGAAGGAAACCAGUUCGGAUCAACUUAUGAGGUACCAUUUUCCUGAUCGUAGAGUUGCAUUUAUGUUUUACAAUUGCUAUGGUCGUUUCCAUGGAUUUGCCGGUAGAAAAAGUCGAGUUGUUAAGAAUACUAAUGGCGAAGUUGUUCAACAAACCUUUGUUUGCCAUAGAGAAGGUAUUAGGAAUGCAAAUAAUGCUUUGUCUCGUAAGCGAGAGCAAAAACCUACUAGUAGGUGUCGUUGUCCAGCAAAACUUCAAGUGCAUUUGGACUUGGGUAGUGAACGUUGGUACAUAAAGUUGUUUGAUGAUAUUCAUAAUCAUUCGUUCUUGGAUGAGAAGUACGAGGGUAUGCUACCAGCACACAGGAAGAUGAGCGAUUACGACAAAUACCAAAUGAAAACAAUGAGGAAAGCUGGCAUUCCAACAUCAGGUAUUUAUGGGUUUUUUGCUCGCUAG